UAAUGAAAUUGCACACCCUCUUCUCGUAUGAUCGCCGUAGAAGUCGCGAAUGUGAGUUAAGUUGCUUACUAACAGGUACACGGGGAGAUGUGUCUGUGUUUUAGUCAACAAAGGCCGCCCUAAAACGAGGUGAAUUGAGUUCAGUGCUUGCCUGUGGAAACAGCGGCGGUGCAAGUUCCUAUCCUGUAUCCGUCGCUAGAUGGCGAGAGAAGUCCAGUUUGUGCAGGGAUUAACGGGGUCUUGUAUCGUGCUGCAGCUUGGAUUAUUGUGCAAUAGCCUACAACAUUUAGUACAAACCAUGAGAUGGCAUUCAAAGGAAAAGCAGUCGACUCAAAGGCCGUGCUCUUCAAUCUGCUGCUGUGUCUGCUCAUAUUUUACUCCCUUUUCUACAUUAUUGGGAGUGUGUGCUUCGGUGCCUUCAGGUUGCAUCACUUUGACGGGCUGAUUCCAUUCGACUUUAAGACUGAGCCUGCUGAGUCAAACUCCAAAUACUUGGUGAACCUCCUCUCCUUGGAGCUCACCUACUUCUGCAGCGGUCUUUUGUUUGCUGCGGUGGUGAAGAGGCGUGUCUGGGACUACGCGCUCACUGUCACCCUUCUACAUGUAAUGAUCACCAGCCUAGUGAUGUUAGAGUUCCCUAUGGUUUGGCAAUGGUGGCUGGCUUUAGGGAGCGGCUUGUUUCUGAUGAUCUGCAAUGGUCAGUUGAUUGCUUACUUCACAUGCCAAAGUGACCAGAGCUAUGCAUCCUUCAGCAUCUACUGACAGACAGAAAGCUGCUUGUUUUAAGUAAGGAGGA